AUGAACCAGAUGAAUAUCGGAAUGAACCCCGGCGCUGGGGGACCAGUGGGGGGAGUUCCCAUGAUCAACAACGGAUCCACGGCUUCCCGUAACGAUGGCACUAUGAAUAAUCCUGAUAUCAUGAUCAACAACCUCAACACGUACAUUUACGAUUACUUUUUGAAGCGUGGCUAUCACGACUGCGCUCGCGCACUCGUGCAAGACGAAUCCAUCAAACUUAACACCGACAACAACCCGAAGACUAGCCCUGGCAAUCGGCGUGAUGGCGACAUGAAUGGCCUGGAUCCAGAUGCCAUGAUGACUGAUGGAAAGGACGGUGAGAAGAUCAAGAUCCCUGAUGAUCUCCCCCGUCCAAGCCUCCCCAGCGAAAGCCCCUCGUCAUUCCUGCUCGACUGGUUCAGCCUCUUCUGGGAUUUCUUCUGGGCCCAACGAAAGAAGGGCAACAGCAAUGACGUCCGACAGUAUCUUCAGCAUAACCAGAACUUCAUGCGUCUGCGAGAACAACAACAUAAUCAGUUUAUGAGACAGCAGCCUAUGAUGCCUGCUCAAAUGAACCAGCUGCGCAGACAGAAUGGCGGCAUGGUGCCUCCUAACCUGCAGAAAACAGUGCUGCAGAACAAUACAUCUGGACUCUCGCAACAGCAACAGCAGAUGGCACAGUUCCAGAAAUCCCAGCAAAUGCAAAUGAUGCAGCAAAUGCAACGGGACCAAUCUGAUAUGGAAAUGGCCGGACAUCGACCACAGUCACCUGCGUCUGCCGACAACGCUCCUUCGCCGUCGAAACGCCCCCGCCUCGAAGGCGCUGCCAACGGACAACAGCUCGCACCGAACGGUCGUGGACAAGGACAGGGAAUGCCUGGACAGCCUAACCCGCAGGCUAUGAUGAUGCCGAAUGGCAUGCAGCGGGGAAUGACUCAGGCGCAAUUCCAGCAGUAUCAGCAACAGGGACAGGCUGCGCAGCAGAAGAAUAUGCAGGUAUAUGCUCAAAACUUGGCCUUUCAUCACUUUCGCUCAGCAUCGAAUUCCCAGGGUAUCUCAAAUGGUGGUAUGAUGAAUCCCGGUGUUAUGCCAAACCAGACCGAUAUGGUGGGGAUGCCGGAUGGCCAAGCCUUAUAUCAGAUGAAUGGUGAAUACUACGGCGCCACCGGUCAGCUCCCCCAGGUUCGGCCUGGUAUGCAGACACCUGGUCCUCAGCAUGGUAACCAUGCACUCCAAGAUUAUCAAAUGCAGCUUAUGCUGCUCGAGCAGCAGAAUAAGCGGCGCCUGAUGAUGGCUCGUCAAGAGCAGGAUAGCAUGGCCCGCGCUGAUGGCCAGCCCCCAAUGCCCGGUCAAGGUUUGCCACCUGGCACUUCUCCGGGCAGCCGGGCGGGCGCUUCUCCCAACCCCAGCGACCAAAUGAAACGAGGCACGCCCAAGAUGCCUCCAAAUGGACUUCCUGGCUCGCCCAGCGCGGCCGACAUGUCCCAGCGUGGAUCACCCGGAUCCAUGAAUCUCAAUGGUGGUCAAAUGCCACCCGAAAUGGCAGCUCAGUUCUUCCCUGGGCCGAACAUGCGACCUCCCAGCUCCAACCCUGCUUUCACCGGAGCUCAAAUGGGGCAACCCAUCCCGGCUAAUGCCCAGCGUAUGCCUAGUGGACAAUGGCCGCAAGGGCAACAACCGAUGCCUAUGCAGCAUUCACCUGCGGGCCAGCCUCAGGCUGGAACUCCCCAGGAACGAAGCGCAAUGCCUCCGCCCUCUGCGCCACCCGUCACUGGCCCCAACGCUGGUCGUGGUCAGCCGGCAUCACCACAGACCGCUGGCAAUGCCCCGCCUACACCCCAGCAGUCCAACAAGGCUGCACCAAAGGGCAAGAAGGACACCAAGGACACUCGCAAGCGGCCCACCAAGAAGGCCGCCGCCGCCGCUGCAGCAGCAGGUGCCACUCCUUCCACUGAAGCCGCAGAUACUGUGCCAACGCCGACUCCGUCCACUCCUGUUACACCUCAACAUCCCAACUCCUUUAACAAGAACGGAGCGAACGGAGCUGCGCAGGGACAGCCCUCGGCACCUGCCCCUCCGCCUAUGGUCCAGCCGCCGCCUGACCAAUCUCAGCAACCUUUCACUGAUCUCAGUAUUCCUGAUGCCCACGCAUUCAACCUUGACUUCAGCGCGCUGGAAAACCCAGACAUUUUGGAGAACUUCGACUUCGAUACAUUCCUCAACACCGACGCCGAUGCCACUGGAUUUGGCUUCGACCCUAGCAUAUCCUACUCAGCCGACGGCGUUGAGACAGGCGCCGGCGACACAUUGUGA